CUCACCUCGGUCUCUUCUUUCCCACCUUUCUACGCAUCAACUCGGAGCGAAGAACGCCCAGGAAGAAAUCGAGGAAGCGACGCCCCAAAGCUCCGAGAUUUUCUUUCGAAGCUUAGCCUUGGAGAGAUGAGACGGGAUGAGGUCGGGAGGGCGGCGAUCAAGCGCGCCAUCAGAGCCCUCCGGAAGCGGCAUUUGCUCGAGGAAGGCGCCCACGCUCCGGCUAUUAAGGCCCUCUCCAGACCCCUUGUAGCCCAGGGAUUAGAGUGGAAGGAAAAAGUUGAAAACCUUGAAGUGGAGUUGCAACACUGUUACAAAGCUCAUGCACAGUUGUCUGAACAGCUUGUGGUGGAAGUUGCAGAGUGCAGAACAUCUAAAGCUCUUGUUCAAGAGAAAGAAGAAUUGAUCAGGAAUUUGCAAUAUGACAUCUCUCAAGCAAGGGAAGAAAACCUACAACUUAAGCAGGAUCUCUAUGAAAAGACACAAGCCUUGGAUUUGUUAACGAGUGAAAGCCAGUCACUUAAACUGCAACAUGAGGAGAUUAGAUUGAAGUUGAAAAAAGCCGAAACUGAGAACAAGGAUUUAAUUGAUCGUUGGAUGCUGGAGAAGAUGAAUACUGCAGAAAAGCUGAAUGAGGCUAAUUCACUAUAUGACGAGCUGAUGCAACAGUUAAAGGCAUCCAGCUCUGAACAUAUUGCAAGGCAACAAGUUGAUGGGGUGGUUCGCCAAAUGGAACCAGGAUAUGCAGACCAUGUGGAAUCAGCAAUUCCAACUUCUUGCAGGCAUACUAUUCAUGCCCAUGAUGGUGGAUGUGGAUCCAUUCUGUUCCAACACAACUCGGAUAUGUUGAUUAGUGGCGGUCAGGACCGAACAGUCAAGGUUUGGGAUACAAGAUCUGGGACACUGAGUUCUACUCUUCAUGGUUGCCUUGGGUCAGUACUUGAUCUUGCAAUUACCCAUGACAACAGAUCUAUCAUUGCCGCCAGCAGCUCCAACAACCUGUAUGUAUGGCAAACUAGUUCUGGUCGGGUACAGCACACUCUCACUGGCCACACCGACAAAGUAUGCGCGGUCGACACGAGCAAAGUUUCCAGCCGCAAUGUAGUGAGUGCUGCUUAUGAUCACACCAUGAAGGUCUGGGAUCCAGUGAAAGGCUACUGCACCAGUACCAUCAUCUUCCAGAGCAACUGCAAUGCCCUUUCCUACAGCAUGGAUGGACUGACCUUCUGCUCUGGUCAUGUAGAUGGGAACCUGCGAAUAUGGGACAGCAGAAUGGGAAAAGCUGUAAGUGAAGUAGCUGCUCAUUCGCAGGCAGUGACAUCAAUCUGUGUCUCGCGAAGUGGUAACUUGGUGUUGACAAGCGGCAGGGAUAACUUGCAUAACUUAUUCGACUUGAGAACACUGGAAGUUUGUGGGACGUUCAAAGCCAAUGGAAACCGAGUCGCAUCUAAUUGGAGCAGGUCUUGUAUCAGUGCCGAUGAGAACUUUGUCGCAGCUGGAUCAGCUGAUGGAUUCAUCUACAUAUGGUCGAGGGUAAAGGAUAACAUGCUAAGCGUUUUAGAAGGGCAUUCUUCGCCAGUCCUCUCGUGCUCAUGGAAUGGGAUGGGGAACACACUAGCUUCUGCUGAUAAGAAUGGAAAUUUGUGUAUAUGGUGUUGAUGGAUUAAUCUUGAUAGGGAAAUGUAAAUGCUGUUCUACAAUCUUUCAACUCCAAGUUGUCUAAAUCAGUUGUUGAUCAGAUUGCUCGGUGAAUUCUUGGCUGGA